AUGGAGCUAGUUCCCGGUCUUCCCUACUUCAUUGGACUCGAAUGUCUAUUUCGGGUUUCAUUCGAUCAAUUCCCUACUCUCACGUUGGUUUGUCGGAGAUGGAAACAAGAGAUUUCCUCGAGGAAGUUCUUGAAUCUUCGGAAGGUCGCUGGAUUUAGCCAACCGGUGGUUGUAAUGGUUCAAGCGCGUCCUGAGCCCGAGAGGAAGCUCGGGUACUCAUUUAAUCGCUUUCGGAGUCCGACUUAUCGAGUCACGCUUUGUGACAUCAAAACAGGUAUAUGGCGCGAGCUUCCUAGGGUCCCUUGGUUUUCUCAUGGCUUGCCUUUGUUUUGUCAAGUUGUCGUUGUUGGAUUUAACCUAGUGGUGAUGGGCGGGAAGGAGCCGAUGACUUGGGUCGUCUCGAGAGAGGUUUCGGUUUAUAACUUCUUGACCGGAUUGUGGACACGUGGAACCCCCAUGCCAGGCUGUCAACGGUCUUUCUUCGCAUGCGCGUCUGAUGAGGAUAAUUAUGUGUUCGUAGCCGGUGGAUGCGACGACGAAAACAAGGCGUUGAGGUCGGCUAUGGUUUAUGACGUGGCGAGUGAUUUGUGGGCUUUGUUACCCGACAUGGAAAUGAAACGAGUGGAGUGUAAGGGUGUUUUCCACGAAGGGAAAUUCCACGUCAUUGGAGGGUACGAGGUGCAAGGUCGGUUUGAGAAGAGCGCCAACGUGUACAAUGUCGCCACUCUUAAGUGGGAGCCGGUUGAGAAUGAAUGCUUGAUUGUUAGAAAAUGCCCUAAGAAUUGCUUUAGUGGCGGAGAUGGGAAGAUGUACAUGUGUUUGAACAAUGAUGUGACAUUCACGGAGAAUGACAAGUUUAAUUGGCGAUGUCUAACUCAAGUGCCAACCGAGACACGAAGCACAAUUCAAAUAACCGGAGGACUCAACAUGUUAUUCGCGAUUGGCUCGUCGGGAUUAGGUGAACCCCACAAGGCCUACGUGUUUGAUUUGGCGAGCCACGAGUGGAACUAUGUGGCAGCGCCCGAAGAAUUUGUAGGCCACGUUCAAUCGUGUUGUUGGUUGAAUAUAUGAACUAAUUAUCUUCUCAUACAUUCCUAGUUGUGAUUUGA